UUCGGUGUGUGAGUGAGUGCGGUUUGUCGUUUUGACAGUUUCGCGUUUGUGUACCGAUCGCGUUUUAUUUCGUCGUGUAAAUAUGUGAUUAUCGCGGAUUAAUUCUCAGCCUUCAAUUAGUUUCCAUUAUGGAAUCAAAAAUUUCAAUGGAAACUAAAAAGGACAUUUAUUCAUCAUGGGUGCAAUAUACAACAAAGAACGAGGAAGGAUAUUUCAGACAUUUUGUGAGAGGCUUUGUGUCAAUCUGGGAAGCCCAGCUACAGCUUGAUUGGAAUAAUUUGGAGUCGCUACCAAAUUGGACUAAUGUUAAACCAGAUACUGGUCCUCAUCUGACAAGAUUACCCGAGGAACUUUUACCUGCUAUUGGAAAGUUCAUUUACAUCGCAAACGAUAACACUGAGAAGGGUGUUCUGAAAUCUGACGGAUUAGGUGAAGUUGAUCUGCUGGUGAGAUGUUUGAUUUCUAUUAGUAGAAACCUGGACAACAUACCUCUCAUUGCAUCUUGCGAUUACAUUGGACUCUGUAUAUCUAUUGCGUCAUCAAUAAUCCAGAAGAUUGUUUGUGGUAACUGCGAAUUUGAAACUGAAGGAAGAACUUACUGCUUGAGCCUGUGCCAUUUGCUGGAAUGCUUGUACGAUCCAUAUUUCACAUGGAGACACUUCUCGCCGACCACCAAAGUCCCGCUCGAAACACUCACCUUCCAGCCUGCUCUUCUGCACGUUGAAGUUAUUCCUUUCAUCUAUGAUUGUUUUCAAACCGACCUUGCUAAGAAAUAUCCUGAACUGAGUAUUGAACUUCUAAAUGUUUUGGGUGCCAUUGUUUCUGGAGCCGAGAGCUCUCUGCAAUUUCUGAGCAGUGAAGAUGAUGGUGAGAGUCAGAGUCAUAAAGAGCCCCACAAGGCAGAGGGGCACAACGCUCUGCGCAGUGUUUGCCCAGCCACAGCCAGUCUCAUAAUGAGCGUGAUCUCUGACUCGUCCAUCAUCGUGGAUGUCCGUGUAGUCGCCCUACGAGCCUUCUCUGCCAUGGUCCGGGUGCUCCAGUCCACUCCACCUCCUCAACGUCAAAUAGAAAUCUCAACUGUGAUUGAACUGUACAAAGAAUCUUUUGACAAAAUAUUGAAGGAAUCGUUGAAAACAGAGAAAAUUGGUGGUGAUGAAUUGAAGCUUAUAAUCCAUGUGGUGAGGACAGUGAGAUGCUUACUCACCAUGUCGUCACUCAGUGUCCAAUCGUUGCAGCUCACACUCAUCAAUUCAAACAUUCUGGAUUCCAUCCUAUCCACUUUGAGCAGCUCUUCUUGCCUGACCAGUGAAGAAGAAAAAUCCAACUUUUUGACAGAAUGCGUGAAAGCGCUAGCGUCUUUAAUAUCUGGAACAUCAUCAGGAAAGGAACGCAUUCUGAAAGUCAAUGGCUAUGAAAAACUCUUCUCAGCCCUGCAACUGUAUGGAAAACCAGACCGACUGGUUUUGGAAGCUCUAAUUGCAAUGACAACGGAAAGUGAAGACCCUAACCUGCUAACCCUAUCUAAUCCAGAAACCUUGAUUCAACUCAUAGGCUGGGUGAGUCAUUUGGAUGAAGAAAAUCAAAUUUGGAUGACCAACAGGCUUCUAAAAAUUUGCACUUUCAACUCGAACAGCCUGAAUCUGUCGUGUGAGACGGGUGUGAUCACUGCCGUAUGCAAUGUACUAGCUUCGCAGACUGUAGCUAAUCUCAAUUCGAAGGCUCUAGCCGAACUAGUACAACUGCUUGAAGCUUUGGCCAGCCAUUCAUUGACCGCUUUUGAACUCAAACAGCUCUUUCUAUUGCUCAGGGAAGACAAUGAUAUGAAGAAUCUGUACGGAACUGCAUUGCUGAAUGCUCUGUCAGCAGUUUCUAGGAAAGGCGCGCAACAAAUCCAAUGCCACGAUUAUUUCGAGAUACACUCCGAAAAUGAAGGAAUAACGAUCACCGAUAUGAAAAAAUGGUCGGGAGCUAGCUACGGUUUCAGUUUUUAUUGUUGGCUUAGGCUGGAUAAGAAGGAAGUAUCUGAAAAUGGCCAGUCUUCAUCACAUCGGAGGCAGUUAUUCAAUUUUGUGACGACGAGUGGAACAGGCAUUGAAGCAUUCUUCUGCUCGGAUGGGGUGCUGAUUGUGGGAGUCAACACAAAAAAAGAACUUCUGGCUGCCACUGUUCCCGAAUGCUCUAUGCUCGAUGGACUCUGGCAUUCUCUUGUCAUCUGUCACACCAGUGCUAGGAGACCAUUUGGCCACAAUCAACUAUCUGUUUUCAUCGAUGGGGUUCAAAGGCUGGCCGCAUCAAUCAAGUUUCCAGCUUUCACAGAACCGUUCUCAGUGUGCACAAUAGGAGCUGUGCCGGCAAGAUGUUGUACGAGUAGCGCCUCGCCGACGGAAAAGGGCGGAACUUCCAGCACUCUGGUCGAGAAGGGCAUUUUGCCCAGCUUCAUCACACAAGUACCGAAUUAUUUUUCACUGCCUCUUCGAACGUCAGCGCCGAUGGAUCCUCAUGUGAAGAACUUUCCUCCCGGCAUGCAAGACACCCUGUUCGGGCCCCCCACCUGUUUGAAAGGCAGCGUCGGCCUUGUCUCACUGUUCCACGAGCCAUUGUCUCUCCACCAAGUGAAAACACUCUUUGAAGGAGGUCCGAACAGCCGCGACCUGUUGAUGGUGGAGGAGAGCGCUGAGCACAUGGGGCUGAGCAGCAAGCUGGUGUGGUGCUUCUCUCCUGCCGCCUCCUCUGCCCGCGGCCACUGCCUCGAUCUGGCCGCCGCCUCCAAGUUCUCUGCCACUGCCCUGGCCACGCACUGCCACACCAAACCAUUCAAAGAUGUUAUAAAUGGAGUGGGAGGGAUCCAUGUUGUGUACCCAAUACUGGAGAACAUUGGCGGUGCGGAUGAAUUGGAUCUUAGUGCGUUCUCCCCUUCACCCCUCUCCACGCCAUCCCACUCGCAGAACAUCGACGGAUGGGAAGUGCUUCCGACAUCGUCUACAACUGACACACGUCUACAACAGAAUCCAGUCUCGUGUUUCCUGUUGCUGUUGAGGAAUAUAUUGCUUGGCAACACUCUGAAUCAAGAACAGCUACUGAAGCACAAUGGUGUAGCCAUUCUCGGUGAUCUUCUCUCCAAGGUGCCGCCGGCCGUGAUGGACAUUCCAGUGCUGGUCGCCGUUCAGAGUCUGAUUGAUUUGGCGAAAAGCGUUGCAGUGCACAAAGCGGCAUCCCACACCCCCACUCAGCCCCUCAUGCUGCGCUCAUUCUACCAGCACAUACUUUUCAAUUUCACCAUCUGGUCCAAGUGCCCUUUCCAUGUUAAAGUUGGUCAUAUUCAGUACAUAUCAACUGUAAUCAAAGAUGAGAGGAAAAUUUUCAGAAAACGCUAUGGUAUUCAAUUUUUCCUUGACACCAUUAGGCGCAAUUUUUCAAGUGCGCCUGAAAAUGAAGAGAGUAAGGCUAUUCGAAUUUCACUUCUCGGCCUAAUCAAAUACUUUCUACAAAAAGAGUGCAAUCAUAAGGAAAUAUCUGCAAUAAUCGGAUUCCUCGUUACUGUCAAGGAAGAAAUAUUGGUGUGUGAAGUUUUGGACAUGCUCAUCACUCUUCUGGAAAGUAAAAGUUGCAGAGACCAGUUGUUCAUCUUCAUGUUCGAGCCUCAUACUGCUGACAUCCUCUACUGCCUACUCAUUGAGAAACACUUCACUAUGGAACUGAAACAGCGAGUUCUGAAGCUGAUCUCCGUCCUCCUGAGAACGGAGAAAAUCUAUGAUCGCAAUAAAACUAGACUCCGGCUGUCCGAUCACUCUCCCAUUGGCUUGUAUCCGGGUCUAAUUGCAAUGUUACCAGAGAAUAACUUUUCAAUGGAAUUCACCGUUAUACUUUUGGAACAGAUUUUAUUGACAGAGAGCAGCUCAAGCUACGCUAGUGCACUAUCGCUGAUCCACGCUCUGGCUCUGUGCAGUGUUGAUGUCAAAUUGGAAGCAGCUAGGAAAAUACUGACUGUCACAUUCAUGAGACCAACGGCGCCUCAAUUGUUUGCCAAGCAGUUGGGAUGGCAAGACUGUAUAACACGACUGCUUGUCAAGUGUCCAAUCAGCGUUGGGAAAUCGGAUUCGCUGCCAGAUCUGAUGUCUUUCGAAGAAGACAGCUCGGAUGUGAUUGGCCCAUGCAGCAUUGGCGGCAGAUGCUCCCCCUCUUCAGUGUCGCGACUGUCCAUGUCUGAUGCUGCUUCCACACUAGAGCUGGAAAUCAAGGAAGUGGCUGAAACCGUAAGUCAUGCUGUAGCAGAUAACAUUCAUUAUGCUGCAGAUAACAUCACUUCGGCUGUUGCAUCUGUUUACACUUCAUUCAAGCAGAAAACUGUUGAAAUGCAGGAGAGUCUUGAGGAAUUUGGAGAAACAGCUAGAUGCCGACUGAAGAAGCGGCGUAGUUUGACUUCACUUGAAGAGCCACAAAGUCCAUUACCAGUCAGGACUUCUCAGCUACUUGCUUCUCUUGGUCUCGAUAUGGACACUAUCAGCUUCACUAAUAGUGACAGAAGAUCUCAGUCUAGUAGUGACGAAGGAGAUGGUGAAGAUGCGCCAGCUUCGCCGCAGCUGUCACUGGAGAGCAGCAAUUCGAUCACCAGCCAGUCCAGUUUGAGUCUCAACUCUCAGACGGUUGCAGUCGAUGAAGCCACUGAGGACGAAAUUCUUUUCGACGCUCUGCAACAACUGAAAGCUUUGGAUGCUGAAAAAGUGUUUGAUAGAGAGCAGGAGCUGUGCUAUCUGGUCGUCAACAUUCUCUUCACAAUCAUGUGGCGAGGAAUUGAUGCCAGUCAAAAGGAUGCAUGGAAGGAGCGAGGCGAGGUGAUGGCAUGCAUCAACCUGGUUGGGCUGAACAACAGACUGCACUGUUCGCACGUGGAGCUGAAGCUGCGUAUUGUGGAGAUGGCAGUGACAGCUGCACUGAGUGACAUGCGUGACUCGCCCAACACGUCGCACAACGCCGCACAACUGCUGCGCUGGGUCUACGACCUCACUGUGCUCCACAACCCCAACAACCACCACUCCAACAACGUGUCCGCCAGGUUACUGGAUGGAGUUCUCGGUCUUCUAGAUUCUCUUCUAGUAUUUCAAGAAGUUCCAGGAGAAGAAUGGACAGAAAUGGCUAAACUAGCUUUUGGUAUAAUUCUGAGCUGUGCUGCGAAUAGCAAUCUCGAGCUAUGCGCAAUGUCAACAGCCAAACUCCAUACACUUGUACAAACGCGCACAAUGAAAGAUCUUCAGGAAGGAGGCUAUCUUCUAUAUUUCAUCAACACAAUUCUACAAAAAGCCAUAGCAGAUGAAAAUCAAGAGCAUUACUCGUUCUUGAUACCAGUGGUAAAGGCGCUUCUAGAGAAGCUGAAGGACGAGCUUGCAAUGAGCCAGCAUUUGCCCGACCUGCCUCAGCCUCAAGCGGGUCCUGCUUUCUUUGAGGGCUUCCAAUCCUACAGUCAGGGUCAACAGUGGACCACUUUCAUGGAAUCUAAGGUGAAACCAUUGUAUGAAGCAUACCAAUCUGCACUGAGUGCUGAGCUGACCGAAUCUAUGAACACAUUUUGGGCCGAGUGCUAUGAAGCGUCCAAAACAUCCACUCAUCGUCGCAAUCGUGAAGUCGGCGAAAGCAAACUACGAUUCCAGUCGCAGAUAAUGUCGGGCUACAGAUCGCGGCAGACGGAGGAGACAGUGCGCUACAACAACGUGGCGAGUCAGGUGCGCAACCGACAGCUCAUCGUCAGGCGCUGCUGGCUGCAGAUGCGACACUUCUUCGUCGGGGAGAGAGGAUCCUGGCGACAAAGGUAAUUUCAAUGAUUAUUCAACCAACAAAAUGACGGUAAGAAAACUAUUUCCAGUUUUCAAUAUGUCAUAAUCUCCUACCAAGUCCAAUACUGUAGUGUUGGUCCCGGCUGGAGUAUUUAUGCAAAUAUGCAUAUUUAUACAGUAAUUGUGCUAAUUUUCGGCUUAAUAUUAUACAUUUAGACUAUAAUAGCACUAGUUAUAGUAAUAUAAUAGAUAGUAAUAGAUAGAUAGAUAUUAAUAGUAUUAUGAUAGAAAUAAUUAUUCUAAGGGCUGUGUCAGAAGAGAUCACAUCAGGAUCAGGAUAUAAGGAAGGAGCUAAAUAUUGUCUUCCUGAAUGAGAGAGAGAGAGAGAGAGAGAGUGAGAGAGUAGCAUCGUGUCACCAACAAUGGAAAGAGCAUGUGGAACGCAUGUCAGCUGAUAGACUUCCACUGAAAAUUGUCAAGCAUAAACCGGUAGGCAAAAGUAUAUAGCCAGGCCACGGAAAAGGUGGCAAUGAUUAUUACUAAUGUUCAUAACACAGAAAAACAGGAAAACAUGAAAACAGAUGUUCAUAGAUUAUAGUGUUGUUUAUGAUGAUAGUGAUGCUAUGAGAUUAGAUUAUUCAUUUUAAUUUUAUUAUGUUAUACAUUUUUUUUUUAAUUCUAAUUUUAAGCUGAAUGUGAGUCCGAACAGGCAAUAGCCUAAUCCCUGUUUGAAAGAAGAAGAAGAAAUAAUUAUUAUAAAUGGGUCCUUUCCAUAAUGGACUGGCCACCAACAAAUGGCCAUAAGAAUAUUUGUUUAUUUUUUAUUCUAAUUCAUUAUCAAUCAAAAAGUUAUACCAGAGUACCAGAGAAACAAUAUAGAUUGUUUAUUAUAGUGUUAUACUGAUUGCAAAAGCUGUAAGAAGUGACAUGCAUCCAAUGAUUGAUUAUAGGCUUCUUCUUUUAUAACCUCUAGUCUUAAAAUCUUACUACCCCAUCUGACAAAUCUUUGGCAAUCUUUCCAAAAGUUGGAAAGGCGUUUGAUCCCUAAGGGCUGGUUUCUGAGCUCGGGAUUUAGCCAAGUUCUACUGCUGAAGUCAGAAAAUUGGCUUUCCGAAACUACGGCUACGAAACGACUACGGCGUAGUCGUAGUUUCUAUGAUAAUCUUUAUAUUUCUCAUCUCUAUAAUAAUUAGCAACGUUUUUUCUUGAAGGGAUGAAAUAUUCCUUAAGAAUUCAAAAUAGCUGAAGCUUUAUACUAUUUUCUCCUUAUAACAGAGAUUAAUAAUAAGAUAUAAAAUAAAGAUAUUAUUUUGUGUUCAAUUCUCUAGUUUUUCGAAAUUUGAUUUAAACGUUGGACUGCGACUGCGACUAGGCCUACGCCCCGAUUCGCAAAGCCAAUUUUCUGACUCCAGCUGUUUAAAGUCUAGAACUUAGCAGCUAAAUCCCGAGCUCGGAAAUCGGCUCUCAAUGGCCAAAUUUUUAAUCCAUACAACUGCAAAUCAUAACAAUUCGUUGAAGAGUAAAAAAACCAAG